AUGGAACCUCACACCCAUCAGAUUAAGAGGAUAACGAGUCCAAAUCCGAUGGUUCUUCACGUCUUUCACCUUUUCAGGAGUAGCAGUGGCGGUGGUGAGGCUUUUGAGAUCAUGCCUCCACGAAGAGUUGUUCGAGGUCGUCCAGCUAGGAGAAAUGUUGAUCCUCCAGAUCAAGGGGUACCCAAUGCAGCUAAAGUGCAACCCCAAGGAGAUGUCACUAAUGCUAAGUUCUGGGAUCGAGGUGUUACAGUUAUCAGGAUGUUCAGUCAAGUGGUGGCCAACCAAGCUGGUUCAAGUGUCACUGAGGAUCCGAAGAACUUUGUGGAAGAGUUGCAGAAAGUGUUUGAGGUGAUGCAUGUUGUAUAUGUUAAGCGUGUUGAUUUAGCUGCAUACCAAUUGAAAGGUGUUGUUAGGGUCUGGUACGAACAAUGGAAAAAGAGUAGAGUUGAAGGGGCACCAAUUAUGAGUUGGGUUGUGUUCAAAGAGGCCUUCACAGGGCGUUUCUUUCCCCGUGAGUUGAGAGAGGUAAAGAUAGUUGCUGACAAGAGGAGCAGGAUGAGCUUGUUUGUGUCUAGGUUGUCUCGCUUGUCAAGUAAGGAGGGCAAAACAACUAUCUUGAUAGAAGACAUAGACAUAGCCAAAAUGAUGAUCCAUGUGCAAAAGGUUGAGGAAGAUAAGCUGAGAGAUAGAGAAGAGAUCUGGAACAAGAAGGCUAAGACUGCAUUUAAUGAGAACAAACCAGGAGAAUGUCGUGAUGGCUCCACUGGUUGCUUCAAGUGUGGUCAGGCAAGUUACUUCAUGAUAAAGUGCCCUAAGAACAAGCAGGUUAAUGUAAAUGGGGGCAAUAGAGCCCAAUCUUCUUCAACUGCUCCGCCAGACAGAGUUGCACCUGGAGGAGCUACUUCAGGGACAGGCAGAGGAGCAAACCGUCUGUAUGCUAUCACCAGUCGUCAAGAGAAAGAGAAUUUUCCAGAUGUUGUAACUAGUAUGAUCAAAGUCUUUACUUUUGAUGUAUAUGCAUUACUUGAUCCAGGUGCGAGUCUAUCUUUUGUGACUCCAUAUGUUGCUAUUAGGUUAGAUAUUCUUACCGAACAACUUCUUGAACCCUUUAGUGUUUCCACACGUGUUGGUGAGUCUAUCCUAGUUGAAAGAGUUUAUCGUGAUUGUACCAUUUCUGUCAAUCACAAGUACACCAUGAACUCGAGUAGUAAAGUUCCAGUUUCUUAA